AUGGCUGAUUUUGGAGAGAUUCUCCGCAAUAUUGGAGAGUUUGGAUUAUUUCAGAAGAUCACUCUUUUUGCUCUUUGCCUCCCGAAUCUUAUUCUGCCUUUCCAGUUUGCCAGUGUGUUUUUUAUCCAGUCUGAUCCAGAGCGACACUGUAACACAGACUGGAUCCUUCAGGCUGACUCUAACCUGACCACAGAUGAGCAGCUGAACCUGACUCUGCCCCGGGAGGAGGAUGGGACCUUCAGCAGGUGUCAGAUGUUUGUUCCUGUGGACUGGGACAUUGGAGACAUCAGGGAGUACGGACUCAAUGAGACCACAGGGUGCCACAAUGGAUGGGUCUAUGGCAACAGCCUGUAUGAGGCCACCAUAGUCACUGAUUUUGAUCUAGUUUGUGACCAGACAAAUCUGUUGGAAGUGGCACAGGCAGUGUACAUGGCCGGCAUUCUUGUUGGUUGCCUCUUAUUUGGACCUUUUGCUGAAUCGUUUGGUCGUAAACGAGCGGCUCAGAUUCCAUUCAUGGUGAUGCUCAUAUUUACUGUUACAACUGGAUUAAGCCCCAAUUUUUAUCUAUAUUUGACAUCCCAGUUUGUGGCUGGAAUUGGCUAUGGAGGUUAUCGACUGAACGGAGUCAUAUUAGCCACUGAGUGGAUCGGGCCCUCCAGGAGGUCCUGGGGAGCCUGUGUGACUCAGUUGUUUGGAGCCGUUGGACAGAGCGGCCUGGCCGUGAUGAUCUACUACAUCAGAGACUGGAGACUGGCUCAACUAACCACGGCUGGUCUGCUCGGAGUCGUUGCUCUUUACAUAUGGUUUAUUCCAGAGUCAGCCAGGUGGUUGUUGAGCAGAGGAAGGACAGAAGAGGCUAAACAGCUGAUUACUAAAGUGGCAGCCAUCAAUAAACGCACUGUUCCAGAGUCUUUGCUGGAAAAGAUUGUUGAAAAAGAAACAGAAACAGAGAAAAAGGGAGGCAUAAUAAUUCUUAUCCAAUCAUCUGUGCUUAGGAAAUAUUUCUUUACCAUAACACUGGCAUGGUUCUCCUUGAAUGUUACCUACUACUGCCUUUCCUUCAAUGUGGCUAAUUUUGGCUUGGACAUCUUCGUGACGCAGCUCAUGUUCGGUCUGACUGAACUGCCGGCUCAUAUUCUCUGUAUCUGGCUGUUAGAAGCAGUCGGGAGAAAAGUGUCACUGAUGGCCACUCUUCUGUUUGGAGGAUUCUUGUGCAUCUUAAUCUUAGCUGUUCCUCAAGGUAAUGCUGUUGCUGUUACCGCAUUAGCAACCUCAGGACGUUUUUUCAUAAACUGGGCAGGAUCCAUAUGUAAUGUGUACGUACAGGAACUGUUCCCAACAUCUUUCAGACAAACAGCCUCUGGUUUGGGCUCCAUUGCCAGCAGAGCUGGUGGGUUGCUGGCCCCGUUGCUCAACAUGUUGGCCGUGUACCACUGGUCCAUUCCCACUAUAGUGUUCAGCAGCCUGUCACUGGUCAGUGGAGCGCUCAGCUUCCUGCUUCCUGAGACCAGGAGGAGAGAGCUGCCCGACUCCACCGAUGAGGCUGAAGGCAACAGAAAUAAGACCAAGAGGAGCGGAAGUGAAUCAAACACGGCUGCACAAACCAAAUGUACCAAACUGUAGUCUGAUAACUUCUAUUACUGUUGAUUCUUGUUGCUCUCUGAGCAGCAGAGACUUAACCCAUAGGAACCUAUGGGUUCACGGAUGUAACAAACACUUUAAAUGUUCUAGAAUCUCCCAUAUUCAGCUUUAUGCUUCACAUUAACUCAUUAAAUCCCAAAGUAAGACUUAAGGCUGUGACUGGAAACAGAAAUGUAAAAAAAGAAGCUAAUUUCAAAAACCUAGUUUUUUGUUACGAGGCUAACUUUAAACCCGUUUAACAAUUCUAAUCCGUUAAUGUCCUGUAAUGCAUUUAACCUGUUUUGACCAUAUUUCCUGAACAUAUUAAUAUACAAGAAGUAACAUAUAUAUACACACAAGUCAC